UAGCAUUUAGCAAUAAAGUAAAGAAUAAUGUUUGCCUAAAGAAAUGAAGAAAUCAGACACAGUUUCCCACUUGGCAUUAAGUGCUAAUAAACUCAUGGAAAGGAAAAAGGCAAAAGACAUGAGUGGAGAAACCAGGCUAGAAAGCAGAAACUAAUCCCACUUUUAUUUGUUUAUAUCCUGUACCCUUUUGCCCCAAUUCUUCUUAAUCAAACUCCUCUUUCCAUGGCCAUGUUUUCUACCCAAAACAAGACAAACAAAUAAAAUCUAGUGUUGGUAUUAUGGGCCUUCUUUGGAGUCCCACCUUCACUAUAGAGUGGGGAAUAAAACGACUUUUAGAUUCUUUGCAUAAAAUACAAGUUGAAUAGUUGUAAUAGAUUCUGCUCCACCUCUAAUCAAUCAUCAAUGAUUAGAAUUUUAGUAGCUGAGUGUAUUUCUACCUUAUGCUUGGCUCACAGUUUUUGUUAAAUAAUAUUUUCUUAAUCCCAAACUUUUGUUGUAAAAAAUGCCGCCCAUUGAUCAUCAGAAAAAUCAUCUCCUAAUGGAGAAAAGAAGGCCUGGGCCUUGACAGUGUUUACGUCGUCGAAAUGGACAAAAAAAGAAACAAUUAAUACAUGAUGACGAAUGACUAGCACUCCAAAUAGGCAAUUAACAAAUCCCUCCCCAUCUCUAUUUAAACACUGAACACUCUCAAAAGCCUCAUAAGCUUCCAUUCCUUACCAAAAGGUACCAUGUCCUAUCAAAGUAUUGGUGCCACUACCAUCACCAAUGGUGUUACAACCGUGGACUGCCAAAAGCAAGUCCGUUCAUGGAGGCUUCUCCGCUCCCUCUUAGAGCUCCUUAUUCCAACCUGUAAUUGCACUUUCAUAGAAGAACGACAAACCAGCAAACCAGAGAAACCCCUUCAGAAUUACUAUGAUCAUCAUCCUAAAUCAACCUUCGCUUCUUCUACUACAAUCACAGGCACUAUCUUUGGCUUUCGCCGGGGAAAAGUUAGCUUCUGUAUUCAAACGAACACUAAAUCCACCAACCCAAUUCUCCUCCUGGAAUUUGCAGUGCCCACAAGUUUCCUUGCCAGAGAAAUGCAAGCUGGUAUCCUGCGUAUAGCGCUCGAGUGUACCAGUCAUGGAUAUAACGCAAAUUAUGAUUCAAGUUCUCUGCUGUCCAUGCCAUUGUGGACUAUGUAUUGCAAUGGAAGAAAAGCUGGGUAUGCAGUUAAGCGCAGGCCAUCAAAGGUUGAUAUGGAAGCUUUGAGGCUGAUGGGCUCUGUUAUUGUAGGCGCUGGAAUUAUUAGUGGAAAGGAGCUUGAGAGGGACGAUGAUGAACUAAUGUAUCUUAGAGCAAAUUAUGCUAGAGUUUCUGGAUCAUCUGAAGCUGAAUCUUUCCAUUUGAUAGACCCAGAAGGAAACAUAGGUCAGGAGCUUAGUAUCUUCUUUUUUCGCUCAAGAUGACUCUACUCACUGAUAGCUUCCGUGGGUUAAUUGGUCAUCUGAACCCCAGACUUGCAUUUUUUUUUUUUUUUCCCCUUUAAUCAACUCCGACCAAGAGCUUAACACUUCACACUUGAGAGACGUUCUGAAUAUUAAACAAAUAAACUAAACCUGGUUUUUGAAGUCGAACCUUUUUUUAGCUGUGUUUUGUAGCAUGGCCUUUUUUGAAGGGUUGAUGGGAUGUGUGAAG